AUGCCGACACACGCUACGUGUCAGCGCCAGCUUCGAUAUGGCCCGCCGCCCGACCGGCACCAUAUGCGGCAGGUGGAUGCCACGCGCCAAAUUCAUCAGUCACUUUUCCAGUUCGGCGAGGCAGAGGGCGUCGAUAUUAGCAUCGAACUUCCCAAAGUGUGUGCGUGGCUUGAGUCGCAGGCCGUCGAGUUCCCUGCGGCCGUACUCAGCGCCGUGCGCAUCCUGGCCACGGAGCAGCCACACAAGACGGCCCUCACCGCUGCUCUGAUUGGUCACCUCGCGCUCGCGCCGUCGCAGGCGCCUACCGAAUCGUCGCCAUCGCUGGGUCAGCGCAUGGUCGACCAUCUCGUGCAGUUGUUCGUGCACGACAUGGAGGCGCACUACUGGCGGAAUGUGCGUCUGACCCUGCAUGUAUUGGCGGCGCUCGUGCCGUUGGGCAUUGUGUCACCCGCGUCUGUGCGCCGCGUGCUGCAGGCACUCGUCGAUGUGCUUUCCAGCGAGGGCGUCGCGCGCGACGUGGCUGAUCCUGCCGCCGACUGUGUGAUUGAAGUUGUGUGUCGUGCGGGCGCAGACCUACUCCAACCUGAGCCACUGCCUGCUGAGAAUGCCGCACCGUCAGCGAAAGAGCAACUCGAUGCUGUCGUCGACGGCGUCGUUGCGUAUGCCGAGCGCCGCGGAGCCGCGAGCUCCCUGCUCUCGCCCUUUGAUUUAGACGGCAUCGAGCACGACUUUCUCGCUGAGGAGGGCUUCCUGGACCGUGUCCAUGCACUCCAGACGAUGCAGGAGCGCGGGUACGUGCGUCCAGCCUGUCUUCCUGCCGCGAGCGAUCUGCUCCCGACGACCGUGUCGCCGGUUACCAGUGCCGUGCCGCCCGAGCUUCGCGUGCUGGCAUUGCCCGACUUGCAUGUGGCACCACUGCGCGAUGCGGCGCGCGAUACGCAAGACGAUGACCUCCUUGCGCCGCCCGCUCACCUAAACACGGGCAAGGGCAUGGUGGAAGUGGUGCGUGCGCGGAUCGGCGCGCCACCUCUCGACAGGGCCCCACGCUGGUUCGGCGCGAGUGUUCCGGCACUAGCCACAGCUACGAGUGUCGUGCUGCGCUCGAUGGUACUUGACGUACUGGAUCUGUACGUGAUCAACCGCAAAGAGUGUGCACAUGUACUUUGGACGCUGCCGCACUGGCUGCGUCGCGGGACGUUUGAUGGGCGCACGCCGCCGACGCGCGGCCUAUUUGGCGAGGCCGACCAGUCAUGGCAUGAGGCAGGCGACGGCCCGUGGAGUCUCGAAGAUCUGGUGCUGGAGAGCGCGCUGUCGAGCAUGCUCGUUCUGCCCACGGCGCCGCAACUUGAGCUGUACUAUGCGUCUCUGCUGCGCGAGGUUGUCACGCUUGCCCCCCAGCAAGUCGCGCCGUCAAUCGGGCGCACGAUUCGCCGCUUCUAUGCUGCUGCCGGCGAGGGCCGUGUGCAUGCGGAGGUGCUGCGCCGCAUCGCCGACUGGUUCAGUGUGCAUCUGAGCAACUUUAAUUUCACGUGGGCAUGGUCUGAGUGGCAGGACGAUGCGGCACGACCUUGGCCGCAUCCGCGCCGGGCACUGGCACGCCGCAUUGUCGAGCUGGAGGUGCGCCUCGCAUAUUACGACCGCAUCAGGGGCACGGUGCCGCCAGAGCUGGAGGCAAGUGUUCUCCCCCCGACCGAGCCAGCGCCUGUGUACGCGUACGGCGAUCCGGGCCACGCGCACCAUGCUUUGGCGACGCAGCUGUUCCAGUCGAUCAAGGCGAAGGCGAGCGUGCAGGUUGUGCAGGCGGAUCUGCAGAGCUACCAGCAGAGCAUCCUGGCACCGGCCACGGAUGUGCCGGACACGGAAGAUGAGGCGCUCGCCGAGACACCCGCGGAUGCGGAGCGCAUCGUGCGCGAUCUCGCGGUGCAGACGUUGUUAAAUGCAGGCAGCCGCAGCUUCUCGCAUUUGUUGAAUGUGAUGGAGCGCUACCACGAGCUGCUGCGCUCGCUCUCACAGACGCCAGAUGCGCGCCUGUCCAUUCUGGCGAGCACGGCGCUGUUCUGGACACAGUCGCCGCAGUGGGUACUGAUCGUGUGCGACAAGCUGCUGCAGUACCGCAUCGUCGAACCUGUGGACGUGGUGCGCUUUGUGUUUACAAGCGAGACAGGUCGCACGAAUGCGCCGUUCGCGCUGGCGGAUCAAUCACCUGAGUGGGGUCCCACGCGCCGCGACUGGAGCUCGUUCAACUGGUGGGCCCUGCUGCGCCUCACGGUCGACAAGGUUCUCGGUCGAGUCACGCAACUCACGCGGCGUGUAGACGACCUGCGGCGCCAGGCAGAUGCUGCGGACGGUGCACCGCCGGCGUCGGGCGCGGCGGACGAGGUGCAGGUGCACCUCGAUGCCGUGCUGCUCGAGCAGCGUAAAGUGCUCGUGACGGUCGUCUCGCAGCUUGUGCACCAGAUGCAGAUGCAUCCGGUGCCAACGCUAGAUGACAACACCGACAGUGCGGGCUGGCAAGGCUGGUGGCUGCGCGAGUGGUACCGUGCCUUUGUGGUGCUGUACCACGAUGUGCUAGCAGCGAACCGCGAGACAAUCAUGGCCAAUGUCUUUGCAUCGUCAGCCGCGGAUGAUCCGUGCCUAGCCAUCUUUGAUCACGCGUGUGCACUGGCCAACUCUACGUAG